AGUCAUUCCCUCACCCUAUAGACAGGACAAGCUCUGGUUCCUCACCACACAUCCGCUGCCAGACAGGAUCCAGCAUCACCCUUCCCUGAGACAAUGACUAUGUUUGAGAAUGUCACCCGGGCCCUGGCUAGACAGCUGAACCCUCGAGGAGAUCUGACACCCCUAGACAGCCUCAUCGACUUCAAACGCUUCCAUCCCUUCUGCCUGGUGCUGAGGAAGAGGAAGAGCACACUGUUCUGGGGAGCCCGCUAUGUGCGCACCGACUACACUCUCCUGGAUGUGCUGGAGCCGGGCAGCUCCCCCUCAGAUCCAACAGACAGUGGCAACUUUAGCUUUAAGAAUAUGCUGGAUGCCCGAGUAGAGGGAGAUGUGGACGUGCCAAAGACGGUGAAGGUAAAGGGGACUGCGGGUCUGUCACGAAGCAGCACACUGGAGGUACAGACGCUCAGCGUGGCUCCCACGGCUCUGGAGAACUUGCACAAGGAGAGGAAACUGUCAGCAGACCACCCAUUCCUGAAGGAGAUGCGGGAACGCGGGGAGAACCUCUAUGUGGUGAUGGAGGUGGUGGAAACCCUGCAGGAAGUCACUCUGGAGCGAGCUGGCAAGGCAGAGGGCUGCUUCUCUCUCCCCUUCUUUGCCCCACUGGGACUACAGGGAUCCAUGAACCACAAGGAGGCUGUAACCAUCCCCAAGGGCUGUGUCCUGGCCUAUCGAGUGAGACAACUGAUGGUCAAUGGCAAAGAUGAGUGGGGCAUUCCACACAUUUGCAAUGACAACAUGCAAACUUUCCCUCCCGGAGAAAAGCCAGGAGAAGGGAAGUUCAUAUUGAUCCAGGCAUCUGAUGUUGGGGAGAUGCACGAAGACUUCAAGACUUUAAAGGAAGAGGUUCAGCGAGAAACUCAAGAAGUGGAGAAGUUGAGUCCAGUGGGGCGAAGCUCCCUACUCACUUCCCUCAGCCAUCUCCUAGGAAAGAAGAAAGAGCUCCAGGACCUUGAGCAGAUGCUUGAAGGGGCUCUAGACAAGGGACAGGAAGUGACCUUAGAAGCACUCCCCAAAGAUGUUAUGCUGUCAAAGGACUCUAUGGACGCCAUCCUCUACUUCCUCGGGGCUCUGACAGUGCUAAGUGAAGCCCAACAGAAGCUUCUAGUAAAAUCCUUGGAGAAAAAGAUCCUACCAGUGCAACUGAAGCUGGUUGAGAGCACCAUGGAGCAGAACUUCCUGCAAGAUAAAGAGGGUGUUUUCCCCCUGCGGCCUGAUCUGCUCUCCUCCCUCGGGGAGGAGGAACUGAUCCUAACAGAAGCACUGGUGGGACUAAGCGGCCUGGAAGUCCAGAGAUCAGGCCCCCAGUACACGUGGGAUCCAGACACUCGCCACAACCUCUGUGCCCUCUAUGCUGGUCUCUCCCUCCUUCACCUGCUAAGCAGGGAUUCCUAAUGCACCUUCUCUGCCUGCUGCCCUAAAGCCUUCCCAGCCUUGCUGUGCUCUGUCUGUAACACUGCAAGACACCACAGAGCCUCCAGGCUGGGGACAACUGAAAUGCCGGCUCAACCUCAGUCUCCAAGUUCCUUCUGCCUCACCAUCUAUCUCUCUCCUUCUGUCCUCCAGCUCAGCACCCACUAAGCCCAUCUCCUGAUGCUUUAAUCCUGAAGAUACAGAAUCAUUCAAACCCUUAUUACUUUGAGUCACUUCAUUAAGAGGGGUUGGGGGGAGGCUUGGGGUGGUGAUGACGGUGGUUAUGGUGGGAGGCAGAGGCAGGUGAAUCUCUUAAGUUUGAGGCCAGCCUGGUCUGUAGAGUGAAUUCCAGGACAGCCAGGGCUACACAGAGAAACCUUGUCUUGAAAACAACAAAAACCACAUUUAUUUCCUAGUCUGAUCCUUCCCAUGUGUGCCUCAAAAACAAACAAACAAACAAACAAACAAACAAACAAACUGGUCUUACAAGAAUGAAUGGAGAAUACUAUGUCAAUCCUAGGACAAGCUGUCUUCUGGUUUUUCUGUAAAGGGAAUCUGUCGUUUGACCCAGGUAAAGAAACAGCCAUNAUCCAUACAUACACGUUACUGCCCACACUGUUCCUCAGGCCCGCUGGAAAAUGCUCCCAGAGCUCAGAGGGUUAGAAUCCAGAACGUCUGCUUUACACUGAAAGGAUCAUCCAAGCUGCCUGCCCUCACCAAAGCGCCCGUGUUCUCCAGCCCUGGCUGAGGGCUUGGAGAGGAAAGGAAGGUCUAGGGGACUAUGAUACAAGCACAAAACAGGACAAUAGAUUUCACGUUGGUUAAGUAGAAAAUCAAGGUGAAGGUGAAAAAAAAAUUAAAUUAGAGGAAGAGGGAGGGGGCACCCAAGAAUAAGACCUAAACCUUUAAAUCAGUGGUUUGACCUGUGAGUCACGACCCUGGUGGGAGGUCAGAUGACUCACAGGAGUUGCAUAUCAGAUAUCCUUCAUAUCAAAUAUUUACAUUACGACUUAUAACAGGAGCAAAAUUGCAGCUAUGAAUUUACAAUGAAAAUAAUUAUAUGGUUGGGGGUCACCACAGCAUGAGGAACUGGAUCAAAGGGUCGCAGUGUUAGGAAGGCUGAGAGCCACUGCUUCAGUUUUGUUUUCAACCCUCAACUCAGGAUGAGUGUGGAGUGGUUUGGCCUGUAUAUUAUAAUCUCAUUAAACGUCUG